AUGGAAGACUGUCUUCACACAUCUUCAGAAAACCUCUCCAAAUUAGUGAGUUGGGCUCAUAGUCAUGGGACAAUUUGUAGCCUUAUUCCAAACCUGAAGCACUUACUUUCUGAGGGCUCCCAUGGGACUCUUACAGCUAUGUGGGGAUGCAGUGCUGGACAUGCAUACCACUGGCCAUUGACUACAACAUGUAGGGCUGGUCCUCAGGAGAGAGUAUGUUUCCAGGACAGCAGAAGUUUCAACUCAGACAGUCCUAGUAUAAUAGGUGUGCCCUCAGAGACUCAGACUAGUCCUUUGGAUAGGUACCCUGGGAGACCAGUAAAAUCAAAACUUGACUGUAACAGAACAAGAGACUCCUGUGACUUUUCCUACUGUAGUGAACCUUCGGAGCUGGAUGAGCCUGUAGAAGAAUAUGAAGAUGAAACCACAUUAUUUGACAUGGUGUGUGAAUCUUCUGCAACAGAUGAGGAUAGUGACUUUGAACAGACAGUCCAAAGUCACACCUAAUGUUACCCGCAAGAGGCCUAGUGGUGGUGUUAUCUCUUCUGUUUCCGGACCUCAGUCGCACAUUGUGGAUGAGGACAGUAGUGAUGUGCUUGUGAAAAAAAUUAAACAGGAAAAACCUGAAGACUACUAUAUUGUUGCUAAUGCUGAACUUACUGGAGGCGUUGAUGGUCCCUCACUGGCCCUGACACAAAUGGCCAAGCCGAAGAACCAAACUGCCAACACAACCCCUUUUGUGGGACCAUCCAAACCACCUAACAUUUUGUCACCAUCUCUAAAUAACGAGCUUGAAGUACAAGCUAUUGCACCUUCUUCUUUGGUCCUGCAAAGACCCACACCUCAAAAGCCUGUGAGACCACCAUUGUCCUCCCAAAGCAAAAUACCAUCUAACCCUCCGGCUGUCAAUCAGCAGAAGGGAAUACAGAUGACAGUCAGUACUUCCACAGGAAAUCCUAGCCAGCCAAUUAACAUACCUUUAUCAGCACUUCAAUUGCCAGGACAGGAAAAAAAAGAGGUCUCUGAAGAACUUCUCCCACCUGUACUGAAGCCAGCAUUAUCCAGUGACAUGGCCCUCUCCCCAUCAAUGAAUGCAGAGCCUGAAGUAAGUUCCAGCCAGCAGCAGCCAAAUACCAUCCCUAAUAUCAGCUCUGAGGCAGCAGCACAGUCCAUUCCAGUGUCUUUAGAUGAAGAUGAUAUCACAGCUGAGCUGAAUCGGGAACAGAAUGAGAAAACGAUUCGUAGCACACAAACAGCCCUACGCAACUUCAGAGACUUUAUUAUCUCCAAAUACCCCAUGGAGACCAGAGAAAUAUACAUGAUUCCUUGCAAAGAAUUAGAUGACUACCUGGCUUCUUUCUUUGUGGAUGCUAGGCAGAAAGAUGGAUCUGAGUAUGAGCCAAACAGCUUAGCCAACUAUCAGUGUGGCUUGGAAAGAUACCUGAAGGAGCACCGAUAUAACUAUAGCAUUACCAGAGACAAAGAGUUCAAAAGGUCUCAAGAAGCCUUAAAACAAAAGCAAAUUGAACUAAGAUGUAAAGGAAAAGGAAAUAAACCACACAAGUCCAUGAAACUCACCUUUGCUGAUGAACUUAUCCUUAGAAAGAGAGGCCUAUUAAGUCGAUAUAAUCCUGAGGGUCUACUGAAUCUUGUUUGGUUGAAUAACACAAAAGCUUUUGGACACUGCACUGGCUUUCAUGGCUCAACACUUAAAUGGGGGGAUGUCAGACUUCGAGUACUAGAGACUGGACUUGAAUUUCUUGAGUGGAUGGGCCAGGAAAGCCCUGAUGCUAAGAUCAAAAGAGCAGGGACAGAAUGCAGAGUUUAUGCCACACCACAUUCACCACAAACUUGCCCUGUUCAGGAUUACAAAGAAUAUGCGCAAAGGCGACCUCCAGCAAUGCGGUAUGAGGAUGCUCCUUUCUAUCUGUCCAUCAAGCCUGUGGUCAACUUAGCUGCUCUUCAUUGGUACAACUGCCAAGCACUUGGCAAAAAUAAAUUAGCCAAAAUGGUGAAAACAAUGUGUGAAAAGGGUAACAUUCCUGGAAGGAAAACAAAUUUCAGUGUGUAUCAAAGUUGUAGCACCCUCUCAGAAGCCCAAAGCAAUCAGCUGGUGCUAAUCUGUAAUAAUUUGAGCCAGCAAGCUGCCCAGUCUAUGGCUAGUCACUCUGGGACAGGAAACUUUAUUGUUUCAGCCUCUUAUGACUCUUCCUCGGACACUGCCUGA